UUCUAUGGCGCUCGAUGGCAGCUGUCCUCUUCUAUGCAACAUUACCUCCGCAGACUAGCCGAGAAAUAAUGACCAGUGAGCCGCAGCCCGGACCCGGAGCAGCGGUCCCCUGCUCUGCCGGAGAACCGUGAGCAUGCCCCGGCUUGGAAAACAUCUCCCCAGCCUCUCAGACAACCAUUCAAGAUGUAUUUCAACCGGAGAGCCAAGAAGAUACACACCGAGGGGGAGCAGUUAGUGUUGACCACCCUUAGGCUGGAGGCUUCUGACCUGCAGGACCCAGGCCAAGGGACUACUUUGUCAGCCCGCCUCACGGACAGGUUUGACAAAAGACCUGCGUGCUCGUCCGGAGGAUACCGAAAGGCAGAUGAUGAGAUGUCCGGGACUACUUCCCAGGCGGAUCCGGUAGACGCCACCGCCCGAUCGGUGCUGCUCAACGGGACACAGACCACCAAGUUCUGCGACAACCAUGUCAGUACCACCAAGUAUGGAGUCCUCACCUUCCUGCCCCGGUUCCUCUAUGAGCAGAUCAGGCGCGCUGCCAACGCCUUCUUCCUGUUCAUCGCUCUCAUGCAGCAAAUCCCCGAUGUAUCGCCGACGGGUCGCUACACCACGCUGGUCCCGCUCAUCUUCAUCCUCACUGUGGCCGGGAUCAAGGAGAUCAUUGAGGACUAUAAAAGACACAAAGCAGACAACACCGUGAACAACAAGACAACAAUAGUGCUGCGGAGCGGAGCCUGGCAGACCAUCAUCUGGAAACAGGUGGCAGUAGGAGACAUAGUGAAGGUGACCAAUGGCCAGCACCUUCCAGCUGACAUGGUCAUUGUGUCCUCCAGCGAGCCGCAGGCCAUGUGUUACACUGAGACGUCCAACCUGGAUGGAGAAACCAACCUGAAGAUCAGACAGGGUCUCUCGCUCACGGCUACCUAUCAGACCCUGGAGGAUUUAAUUGGUCUGUCUGGUCGUCUGGAGUGUGAAGGCCCCAACAGACACCUGUACGACUUCACUGGGACUCUGCGGCUGGAGAACCAGAAUCCCGCUCCUCUGGGUCCCGACCAGGUGUUGCUGCGCGGCGCUCAGCUCAGAAACACGCAGUGGGUUGUGGGAAUUAUUGUCUACACUGGCCAUGACUCUAAACUGAUGCAGAACUCCACCAAGGCCCCUCUGAAGCGCUCUAACGUGGAGCGGGUCACCAACAUGCAGAUCCUGGUCCUGUUCUGCAUCCUGCUGGUCAUGGCCCUGAUCAGCUCUGUGGGCGCCGCCAUCUGGAACAAACAACACACCGAAGAGUCCUGCUGGUACCUGAACCGGGCCGACGACAUCUCCACUAACUUUGCGUACAACCUGCUGACCUUCAUCAUCCUGUACAACAACCUGAUCCCCAUCAGCCUGCUGGUCACUCUGGAGGUCGUCAAGUUCACACAGGCGCUCUUCAUCAACUGGGACAUGGAGAUGUAUUACGCAGAAACAGACACACCAGCCAUGGCUCGAACGUCCAAUCUGAAUGAGGAACUAGGACAGGUGAAGUAUCUCUUCUCCGACAAGACAGGGACUCUGACCUGUAACAUCAUGCACUUUAAGAAGUGUACCAUUGCAGGACUCACAUAUGGCCACUUCCCUGACCUUGACUGUGAUCGUUCAAUGGAUGACUUCAGCACUCUGCCGGCCAGCCCCAAUAACUCUACAGAGUUCGACGACCCAACUCUAGUCCAAAACAUCGAGACUCAUUCCACGUCCCCUCAGAUCUGUGAGUUCCUGACGGUGAUGGCAGUGUGCCACACGGUGGUCCCAGAGAGGGAGGAAAACGGGAUCAUUUACCAGGCGUCUUCUCCAGAUGAAGGAGCGCUGGUCAAAGGAGCCAAAGGACUGGGCUUCGUCUUCACAGCAAGAACCCCGCGUUCAGUCAUCAUCGAGGCUAGAGGAAAGGAGAUGAGCUAUGAGCUGCUGAACGUGCUCGAGUUCUCCAGUAACCGCAAACGCAUGUCUGUGGUGGUCCGGACCCCCACCGGGAGGCUGAGGCUGUACUGCAAAGGAGCUGAUAAUGUCAUUUUUGAGCGUCUGACUGAAGCAUCCCAGUACAAAGAGUUAACUAUGGCUCAUCUGGAAGAGUUUGCUACUGAAGGUCUGAGGACUCUGUGCUUCGCCUAUGUGGACCUGGAGGAAGAGGCUUACCAGGAGUGGCUGAAAGAAUACACUAUCAUCAGCACGGUGCUGAAAGACCGAGCUCAGAAACUAGAGGAGUGUUACGAACUACUGGAAAAGAACUUACUGCUGCUGGGUGCCACGGCCAUAGAGGACCGUCUGCAGGCCGGCGUUCCCGAGACCAUCGCCACUCUGAUGAAGGCCGACAUCAAGAUCUGGGUCCUCACCGGAGACAAACAGGAGACCGCCAUCAACAUCGGUUACUCCUGUCGUCUGAUUACACACGGCAUGUCCCUCAUCAUCGUCAACGAGGACUCUCUGGAUGCGACCCGAGCCAAGCUGACCGCUCACUGCUCGUCCCUGGGCGACUCUCUGGGGAAGGAGAACGAGCUGGCGCUGAUCAUCGACGGCCAGACGCUGAAGUACGCUCUGUCCUUUGAGCUGCGCCAGGCCUUCCUCGACUUGGCGUUGUCCUGCAAGGCUGUCAUCUGCUGCCGAGUGUCUCCGCUUCAGAAGUCAGAGAUCGUGGACAUGGUGAAGAAGCACGUGAAGGCGAUCACGCUGGCGAUAGGCGACGGUGCCAACGACGUGGGGAUGAUCCAGACGGCUCACGUUGGAGUCGGGAUCAGCGGCAACGAGGGCAUGCAGGCCACCAACUCCUCUGAUUACUCCAUAGCACAGUUCUGCUAUCUAGAGAAGCUGCUAUUGGUCCAUGGGGCGUGGAGCUACAACCGUGUCACCAAGUGCAUCCUCUACUGUUUCUACAAGAACGUGGUCCUAUACAUUAUAGAGGCUGGCAGGGUGAUGCAGUGCUGGUACUUCUGGCUGGGUCUGAUCCUGGUGCCGGCUGCGUGUUUACUCAAAGACUUCGCCUGGAUCGCCACCCGGCGCACGGUGAGGAAGUCUCUGCUGGAGGAGGUGCAGGAGCUGGAGGCCCGGGCUGUGGACCCGGGGGCCGCCGUGCUGAGGGACGCCAGCGGGCGCAGUCUAAACGAACGAGCCCAUCUGCUGACAAGAGUCUUUAGAAAAGCGCCUUCAACCGUGGGACGCUCCAACUCGGUGCAGCAGACUGUGUCACAUGGAUACGCCUUCUCUCAAGAGGAGCACGGUGUGGUGUCCCAGUCCGAGAUGGUCCGCUCCUACGACACCACGCGCGAACGCCCCAGCCUCUAGCCCCACCCCUGACCACGUCUUCAGCUCACCGCUAGCAACGGUUACCAAGGUGACAGUGGAGACAGACUCAUGUGACACCCUCCCGCGGGUGACUGACCCCCUGCUGUGGCCUUACUGGAACUGGACCCUCGCCCGGGGGAGGGGCUCACGGUCAGGCGUGGAGGCCGUAGACUCGAGAGAAGGCCGACUAUACGGGAAAAAAAACACUAAGCUACACAGGCAUGAGCCAUCAUAACCACGCACAGACAUGACGAGUCAAACUCAGAGACUGCUCCUCAUAUCCGUAUACCCUUCAGACUGGGUUUGCUCCAUGCCACUGUGUGUAUAUCCCUACGUGUGUGUGUAUCCGCCUGUGCAUGUGUGUGUGUACGCGUUGGCGCUGCCGUGUUUGUGUGCAUGUGUGUGUAUUCGCUUCAUCUCGUCUCAGGAGGUGGGUUUAGCUUGUCUGUCAUCACAGGAGGGGAGGGGAAGUCAAAAUAAACACACACACUGAUGAAUUCCUUGAAAAGAGAGGGAGGGAAGGACCAGUGCCGUGAACCCCCCCCCCCCCUCCACCCCCUUCUACUGAUCGCAGCAGCGAGCCUCACUGCCAAACACCACAGAGAUGCCACUGAGGCUGAACGCCACACCGGACCACCACCCUGCUGCUUAUAUCUCCCCCAUUAUCUCCAUAUCUCUCCCCCAUUAUCUCCGUAUCUAUCUCCCCCCCUGCUCUGCAGCCUCCACGCAUCGCCUCCCCCUCGUCUUGGCCAGUUUUUAAAUAAAAUCUUCGUUUCCGGUUGUUGUUUUCCGACCACUCCUGUGAUUCCUGAUGUCAGCUGACAGGCAUUAGAGCUUCCUCCUUCACUUGUGUUGGAUUUCCACUUUCAACUGGAUGUUUUUUUUUCUUUUUUUAUCAUUAUUAUUAUUAUUAAAGUGGACAUUAAUGUGUAAUUUGUUUUCCUAUUUUCAUUCAUGCCUGUUUUUGUACUCAUAGAGGGAAUAUUUUACUUGAACUAAUACAGAAACAGAAGGGAUCUGAUAGAGACUGGAUCAUGUGUUGCUCUGGCUCUGGGAUGGGUGUGAAUGUAGCGUCCAGUGUGUGAGAGUGAGUGUGUGUUUGUGUGAGAGAGAGGACACUGAUUCAGGAAUGCAAGUGAGAAAGAGUGAAGGGUGGGAGAAGGGGGUUGUCCAUCCAAGUCCUAUUCAUUAAAUCUAAUCAAUCCAUGGCCUGAA